AUGGAAAUUUUAUUUAAAAGAUUUUACCAGUUUUUGGAUUUUCAAGAAAAGUGUUUAUUGUGUUGCACGUACUUGUCGUUCCCACAUUUGUAUUUCAAAGCGCGCCGGGAAAGAGGCUACAAAGAAUUUGUAGAGAAGUACCAACACAAGGGCGACAGCAGCGGCAGUGCUAGCACGGCCAGUACUGUUAGUGAGUGUUGUCGUCCCCGCUCCCGUUACCGCGCUUCUGGCGCGCCUUUUUGCGAGUGCCUAGAAACCAUUGGACGGUCGAAACAGUACCUAAGCGAGAAAAAGGACGACUACUAUAUAGACAUGAUUCACCUUUUGCAGCAAAACAAAUUAUCCUUUUCGUCCAAUGUAAAAAAAGAUAUUGUUAUAAAAGAAUUUACCAAAAAUGCAAAGGUCACAGAAUUUUAUAAGUGCAAUAAUUUUAAUGAAAAUUGUGUCAAUACUCUCCCUGUUAAAGAUGUCGAUAUUGUAGAUACAAAAUAUGUAAACAUAUGUAGAUACCUGGAGAAGCCCCGGCUGACUAUUGAACACGUCAAGUCGCUAAACAGUCACACGGAAAAUUUUAUGCCCCUUUUUAAGGUUCACAAGGCCAGCACGCUCAUAACGACUGUCGAAAAGAAGCUUCUAAUCGAGUGCCUAAAAGUGAUCAAGAAGAUAUUUGUUUACGACAAAAUAGACAAGCUAACUGUCAUAAUUUUUUGUUACUUGAGCAAUUUGUACAACGUGGUGAUGCGCCUGAAUGCGGAGUGUAUUUUGAGUUGCUACUCGCGGAAGCAUUUCGAAUUUUUUCUAUACUAUUUCUUUCAAGAGAACCCCCCAUCCGCUAGACGGACGAAAAUGCUAGCCAUGAAAGUUUACAGGAGCGGCGAUGGACGCGAUGACCUCAGCGAGGAUUACAACUGCUAGCGAUUUUGUUUAGUUUUCACUUUUGUUUAUAAUUAAAACUUUUUUUUGCAUUUGCCUUGUUUAUUCGACGCAUUUAUUUACUCCACUGUUUUGCUCUUCUCCCUGCCCAUUAGUCAUGCUUCCAUAUGUUUUAUCCCCUCCUACGCAAAAUUAUAUAAUUUAUAAUUCGAGCAU